AUGACGGCUGUUGCAGUUCAGCAACAACAGCAUGGAUCGCACCGCCAACAAUACAAUCCUAGACAAUCACCACAUUCUUCCAAUAUGUCGCCGAAUCAGUCCCGACCACAAAGCUAUACAUCUGUAGCUCAGGCUCAGGUUGAAAGACAAGAAGCCCCCACCCAAAAUGGAAUCGCAAAUCGGGCAAACUCAUAUCAGCUGAACAACAGCAACUCUGUACAACAAAACGGAAGUCGUAUGCAGCCCUCCGAUGAGGAAGAAAGACCAUCUUCCACUAAGAAGGUAGCAAUAACAACGAAUGCUGGAGAACGUGAUCGACGAGCUUCUCUGCAAGUCCGACCAUCUUCGGCUCCUAACGGUGUGGGAGAAUCAUCGCAGGAUGAUUCGGAAACAGAUAAAGUGCGACGCAGACCAAAACCACUGCUGCAGCGAGCAAAGAGUGACUUCGGACCGAGAGGAGAAGAACCAGAUACAGAGGAAGAUAUUCAGGACUGGGGAGCGCGGCAUGGUUUCGAAGACCAUUAUGCGUCAGAAGAAUAUGUUUCUCAGUUGGCAAAUAAUUGGUACAUGUACUUCACAGACAAGCGCCAUGAAACGACCGGAAACCCCAAGCCUUUGGGCUACGAGCUGCAAGAUUGGCGCAUGAAGGACCGACUGAAGACUGUCUCGGCUGCUCUGGCCAUAUGUCUGAACAUCGGAGUAGAACCACCUGAUCAGCUGAAGACUAAUCCAGGCGCGAAGAUGGAAGCGUGGCAAGAUCCUACCAGUCCGCCCGUACAGAAAGCUCUCGAAGUCAUUGGCAAAUCACUCCAAGCACAAUACGAGACCUUGGCGAUUCGGACGAGAUACAAGCAGUAUUUAGAUCCUUCAGUGGAAGAGACGAAGAAGUUUUGUCAAUCCCUCCGACGAAAUGCGAAGGAGGAGAGAGUUCUUUUCCACUACAACGGUCACGGAGUUCCUAAGCCGACUGCUUCUGGAGAGAUCUGGGUCUUCAAUAAGAAUUAUACUCAGUAUAUCCCAGUGUCCCUAUUUGACCUCCAAACCUGGCUGCAAGCACCGACUUUCUAUGUUUGGGACUGCUCUGAUGCCGGCAAUAUUCUGAACAACUUCCAUCGUUUCGUCGAGAAGCACAAGCAAGAAGAGGCCGAUAACCUCGCCAAGGAUCCCAACUAUGUCGUCCAAGCCUACGAACCAUACAUACACCUGGCUGCAUGUGGUGUGAAGGAGAACCUCCCUACCAACCCAUUGUUGCCAGCAGAUGUGUUUACAUCGUGCCUAACAACUCCAAUCGAGAUGGCGCUUUGGUUCUUCGUCCUUCAGAAUCCCCUACCUUCGCAAAUUACGCCUGAACGAGCCAAGAAGCUUCCCGGCAGACUGCAAGAGAGACGAACACCAUUGGGGGAGCUGAACUGGAUCUUCACUGCUAUUACUGACACAAUUGCAUGGACCACCCUUCCUCGACCACUGUUUCGCAAGUUCUUCCGACAAGAUCUCAUGGUAGCAGCUCUCUUCCGCAACUUUCUGUUGUCCCAAAGAAUCAUGGCUGCAUACAAUUGUCAUCCUCAGUCCUUCCCCGAGCUUCCUGAUACUCAUCAACACCCCUUGUGGGAAAGCUGGGAUCUGGCCGUGGAAAUGGCUCUUGCUCAGUUGCCAAUGCUUGAAGAGAAAGAGGCCGGUAUUCGACCUGAUUACGAGUUCCAGAACUCAAGUUUCUUCACAGAGCAGCUCACUGCAUUUGAGGUCUAUUUGAAUCAAGGCGCAGUUACUCAAAAAGCACCUGAUCAACUCCCAGUUGUUCUUCAGGUCCUUCUAAGUCAACAACAUCGUGUUCGAGCUCUGAUCCUCUUGGGCAAAUUCCUUGACAUGGGUCCUUGGGCCGUGAACCUUGCUUUGAGCAUCGGUAUCUUCCCGUAUGUCCUGAAGCUGCUACAAUCUGCCGCAAAUGAGUUGAAGCCUGUUAUGGUGUUCAUCUGGACACGCGUUCUAGCUGUUGAUCUUACAUGCCAAACGGAUUUACUGAAGGACAGCGGCUACAUGUAUUUCGCCGCGAUCCUGAAGCCCACCGAAGGCCUGCCGGUUGUGGACAGUCUGGAGCAUAAAGCUAUGUGCGCGUUCAUUCUAGCCAGACUGUGCGAUGGCUACAAGCAAGGGCAAACGGUUUGCAACCAAUCCGAGAUCAUGACCUACUGCCUUGUGCAUCUCCAGAACGGCGAUAAUCCUCUCUUGCGACAAUGGGCUUGUCUCUGCAUUAGUCAAUUGUGGAAAGACCUUCCUGAUGCGAAGUGGCGAGGCAUUAGGGAGAAUGCGCCUGCUAAGCUGGCUCUUCUUGUUCGGGACGUCUGCUGCGAGGUCCGAGCUGCCAUGCUUUAUGCCUUGACCACUUUCCUCGGAAUCGCCGACUUGACUGACGAGAUUGCCCGCACCGAAGAGCAAAUAACAUGGACAAUUCUCGAAAUGGCCAACGAUGGAAACGCCAUGGUUCGUAAAGAGCUACUUGUCUACUUUUCCAAAUUCAUUCAGCGCUACGAGAACAAAGUCUUGGUUGCAGCAUUUGAACAACUACAGGAAGAGAAAGAAUACUUACUUUCUCCACCUAAGGAUGAUGGAAACGACCACAAAAUGGGCUUGCACUAUGCGGGAAUGAACAACCGGAAUGAUGACGGCACGAUUAAGGCUUCAGCAUAUGGAGUCUCUCGCAACUCUAUCUUCGCAGCAGUUUGGAAACAUGUCAUGAUCAUGACUGUCGAUCCACACCCUGAAGUUCAACGAAACGCAACAAUUGUCGUCGAUUAUGUUCAUACUUCUCUGCUGCAAUCCCCUGCUGGUCGAUAUUCCCAGAAGCUGAUGGACGAGAUUGUGCGUCUUUCCGCUAGAUCUGCCACAACAAAUCAAGAUACUUCAAAUCCACGCCCAAGCACACCAACUCGUCAGGACUCAAUGAGUAAUGCACCAACUACGCAAGCUGGUCUUCUCAAGCGGACUGCGAGCUAUCUAUUUACCUCACUGGCUCCUUUUGGUGGCGGAUCAAGUGCCGAAAGCUCUCCGGAAAAUACAGUUGGUAAGACUGGUCCAAAGUCUCCUCUGCCUCAGCGCAGUCCCCUGCAUCCACGAGGUAGACUUCCUCCAGACUUCAACGCGCCACCAGAGCAGAAUGAUACGGCGGCAACCCCAGGCAUGUAUCAUGCUGCCAGAGAACCCAUGUCCGGAGACUUCCAGUCUCGAGAGAUGUCCAUUCCACCUGCCAUUCCAUUGGAGAGCACGUUUUUCGAAUGGUCGAUUGAAUACUUCCGGGAACCGCAGAUGAAGCCCAACGAAGCCGAGGAGCCAGGUAGCACAGAUUACAACGAGCGAUUGUGGCGCCGCUCUCGAAAUGAGGCUAUAUUACGAGAUACUCAACCCCAGAAGGAGAUUGCAGGCAGCGGGAAGUGGACCACACCUGCUGGAUUCUUCAACAACCAGUGUCAACCAUCGAAGAUGACUUUCCACCAAUUCGAAGAUCAUCUUGCUGUUUCAGACGACAGAGAUACCAUCUGCGUUUGGGACUGGAAGAAGCAGGAUCGUCUGAGUCGAUUCUCAAAUGGAAAUCCUGAAGGCACGAAGAUCAGUGGCAUGCAAUUCAUCAACGAGGAUGAUCAAGCAUUCUUGCUUUCUGGCUCGACCGAUGGUGUUAUCAGAAUCUACAGAAACUAUGACUCGUAUAAGAAGAUACAAGUCGCAUCCGCGUGGCGAGCACUAACACACCUUGUCCCAAGUAACUACAAUUCCGGCAUGGUUUUUGAUUGGCAACAAGUUACUGGCAAGCUCUUAGUAGCUGGCGAUGUUAAGGUCAUUCGAGUAUGGGCAGCCGCUCCAGAACUUUGUGUUGUGGAUAUCAAUGCACGAUCUGGCUCCUGCGUCACAUCGUUGACAUCCGAUCAAAUGACUGGCAACAUUUUCGUAGCUGGGUUUGGCGAUGGAGCCAUUCGAGUUUUCGAUGCUCGCAACAGACCUUCAGAAGCGAUGGUGAAGAAAUGGAAGGAUGAGACCACCGACAGAGUCUGGAUCAAGAGUGUGCAUAUGCAACGAGGCGGUCAGAGAGAGCUUAUGUCUGCCGAUCGAAAUGGCAAAGUUAAGCUGUGGGACAUCCGUAUGGAUAAACCAUUGAGGACUAUCCUUGCUACUCGUUAUUCCCUGCUUACCGCUAGCACGCAUGAACAUCUUCCUGUGUUCGCAGUGUAA